GUGGCACUCAGCUCGGACCAGCACGUGUGAGAGCAGGCGCGUUUCUCUCGUGUCGUGUUUUGUCCACUCUCCUGUUCUUCAGCUCUUCAAGCUCCGCGGAUCCACAGCUUCAGAGCCGACAUGAGACCAGGUUUCAGUCCACGUGGAGACCGAGGGGGACGAGGAAGAGGAGGCUUCGGGGACCGGGGGGGUCGAGGAGGCUUCGGGGACCGAGGAAGAGGAGGCUUCAGAGGAGGAAGAGGUGGGGGCUUCAAAUCUCCUGACGGAGGCUUCCGAGGUCGUGGAGGAGGAAGGGGGGCCCCUCGAGGAAGAGGAGGCCGAGGAGGAAGAGGAGGUGGCAGGGGAGGCUUUGGAGGAGGGAAGAAGGUGUUGAUUGAACCCCACAGACAUGAAGGAGUGUUUAUCUGCAGAGGGAAGGAGGACGCUCUGGUUACGAGGAACAUGGUGGUGGGAGAGUCUGUGUACGGAGAGAAGAGGCUCAGUGUGGAGGAGGGAGAGACGAAGAUUGAAUACAGAGCCUGGAAUCCUUUCCGCUCCAAACUGGCAGCGGCCAUCUUGGGAGGUGUGGACCAGAUCCACAUCAAGCCCGGCGCGAAGGUGAUGUACCUGGGAGCUGCGUCAGGGACCACCGUGUCCCAUGUGUCUGACAUCGUGGGACCAGACGGACUGGUCUACGCUGUGGAGUUUUCCCAUCGGUCUGGCCGGGACCUUCUCAAUGUGGCUAAAAAACGCACCAAUAUCAUCCCAAUCAUUGAAGAUGCUCGUCAUCCUCACAAGUACCGCAUGUUGGUUGGUAUGGUGGACGUCAUCUUUGCGGAUGUGGCUCAGCCUGACCAGACAAGGAUCGUGGCUUUGAAUGCUCACAACUUCCUGAAGAAUGGAGGACACUUUGUCAUCUCCAUCAAGGCGAACUGCAUCGACUCCACGGCAGCUCCGGAAGCCGUGUUUGCCUCCGAAGUGAAGAAGAUGAGCGCAGAGAACAUGAAGCCCCAGGAGCAGCUGACGCUGGAGCCCUAUGAGAGGGACCACGCUGUGGUGGUGGGCAUCUACAGGCCUCCUCCUAAGCAGAAGAAGUGAGCUGUGGACAUGACCUUUGUGACCCUGUCUGCGUUCUGUUGUCCCGUGACCCAUCAGCUGACCUGCGCCCAGCCUCAAGCGUUGGUUUUCUUUGCCUCUGAUUCACCCAACCCUUCAAAUGAUGCUCCUGUUCCACAUGUUUUGAACAUCUAGGACCAUGUCCAUCUGGACUGGUCUUCAGAGACGGACUCGUAUGUGGCUCUGCCCCAGCACAUGACCGCUGAGGCCUUCCACUUAAGCAGCCUGUGUUCUCUCAGCGCAGAGGCUUUGUAUAGCCAGUUUUUGUAGUAGUUUUUAGUAGCUGUCAGAACAGUGAGUCUGGACGCAGGCUGUGGGUUUCUGUUUCAUAAACACUUUGAAUAAAGUCAUCUUGUUUCUGUUGCUUCUAA